GUGCUGAGUGCCCGCGAGCUGUGCCGAGCCAAUCCGAGCGGUACCGUGCGGAGCUGUUGCCGCGAUGAUGCCCGGCAAGACGAUACGCAAAACCGUGCCUCCCGCCGCGCCUGCAGGUAGGGAAAGGCGAAAGGAGACAGAGCGGGACGUGGUGGCUGAGUGUGCACUGGAGCUGCGCAGGAUUGGGGACAAGGCAGACCUGCGGCAGAGGAUCCUGAACCUCAUCAUGAAACUGUUCUGCCCCAAAACGUGAGCCACCGUGCCCGCGGUGCUCAGAAAGAGAGGGGAGACUUCGGCUUUGCAGAUCUGGAACGAGAGAUUUCACUUACACUGGGAGACGGAGAAAGCUCUUUGACUUGUGUUUUGCUACCUGGAGCCACCAAAGGAUGACUGUCGCUACAUAAUUUCUUUGGGAAGUGUUACAGCAUUAUCGCUUAAUGGAUGCCAAGUGGAAAAAAAGAAGGCGAUGAGCACAGCCCCUUGCUAUGCAGCGGGGGGAGCAUAGGGCAGGUUGGAACUUCCCCUUCUUGGGGCUGGGGAGCCUUGUGAAAACCCCACUUCCCCUCUUGCGUGCACAUCCCACAUCCCACCCAGGAACCGGCGGCACCUGCGGGGAGAAGGUUCUGGAACACAGAACUCAGUGUUGUGGAACGCGGGGCCAUGAAUCACGAGGUGAAAGCCGGCGUUCAGGUUCUGACUGCUCUUAUCUUCUACAGCGUGCAUUCUGCUGGACGGGGAAGUGGUGCUGCUGGGGAUAUCUCAUUCGUUCAUUAGACCACUGCAUAAUUUAAAGGUUAUUUGUUGUAACAAGUGACUUUGGGGAUAAAAAAAAUUGCAAUUCUGUGAAGUAACGUGACAUUGCACAGUUCUAGUCUAUAGAUUAUAUAUAUGUAUAUAUUUGCAUAUAUAUAUUACAUAUAUAUAAAAUAUAAAUGUGUAACCCCCUUAUAAGAGAGGAGUAUUUCACAGAACUAUUAAGUGAAUGCUACUUCUUUAGGCUCAAAGAAUAGUACGAAAAAAUGCUCAAAACAUGAUGGAAAUACUUUAUAUUAACCAGAAGAAAUAAUUAUAUUUUCUGAUCAUACAGGAAGUACUUCUCGCAUUACAGAGGGGAGCAUAAUUUAGUAUAUCAUUAAAUAAGUCAUAUGAAUGUGUAUUACACAAAUACUGAUAUUGAGGUAUGUGUGUUGAGCAGAAGGUUUCUUCCAACAUUGAAAAGAAGUUCCUGAUGACAAUACAACACCACUGCGUGUUUACAUGACUAGCAAAAUAGUUCACCUUCUGAAUUUUCUGAAUUUUCUGAAUUUUUCUGAAAACUCGAAUUUUCUUCAGAACAUCAUUUUUUCAAAGAAGGAAGCUGCCUCUCUUUGAAGAAAUCAUAAAACAGAUUGUUACAGUCAGUACAGGAAAGCAGCUGCAGUCUUCAAUCGUACUCACAGGGAAGAUUCUUCCCUUGUACUUAGUUUCUCUUUCAUUUCAUGGCAUGCUCAUUUUGUUUCCGGAACGGUGGAGCCACUGCAGCUCCCGGAGAGGGGUGACGCACUGCUGUCCCGCGGGGUCUGCUCAGUGGCUCCAGAGGAGCUGCACUAAGCUCACGGCCCAGGCAGGUGCCAGCUCUGCACGUCACUUCUUGCUCCCGAACAGUGUUCUUUCCAAGGUGCACGCUAGCAAUAAAAUGGCCAUAGCUGGUGACAUUUGUCGCUACCUCUUCAAUCAGUGUUCAGAGAUGUGCAGAAUACCCAUCUCCUUCAGGAGAUGUAGCACAGAAAGUCAGGUGAGGCCACACGCUUGCUUCUCUAGCUGAGCUCUGCUCUGGUAUGCAACUGUACUUGCGUUGUGUAAGGGCACAUAGUUGCACCUCUGAAUUCCAGUUCAGAUUACUGGAGUUUUUCCUGCCUGGUAGUGAUUUUCUGCUUUUAUUUAUACUGCGUGUUUCAGCUCGCUCUCCUGCCUCUGCCUUUGCAAAUCUGUCGUGACGUAGCUGACACAGAUUUGCUUGCUCUGCCACAACCAGCUGUGCGAGGCUGCUGCUCCUUGGCACUGACCCCUAAGCAGGAGCAGGAAUAGCUGUAAUUCAUCUUCGUGUCGCAAAGCAACAUGUUUCACCAACAUGUACAGACAUCAGUUUUCCAGGUAUAAAAAAACUGAAUGCAAAGAGUUUUGCUUAAACACAGCAGAGUGUGCUGCUCAGCAAGGCUGGCCACCCUGAAAUCAGUGGGAACAGCAGUGCUGCAUGGCCUGGUGACACCCCAUGGGCUAUGCCUGGCUCAGGAGCACACAGCAUUUGCAUUAGGAGCUGAAACAUAUUUGGAUAAAAGUGUUCUGCUUCAUGUAUGCUGCUUAGAAAUUCUGUAGGAAAUUAGGCACAGGGUUCACGGCGCCCAGGCAAUAAUUCAAGCUGUAGCACACACAAAAGUUAUAAAAAAUAAUAAUAAAAAGAUGUCCUCAUAAAUGCAUUAUCAUGGGGGCAUCUGCAUGAAAUACCAGUGCAAGUGUUUUUCUGCCUAGAUCUGUAAGGACUAUUUGCUUUCUGUGAAAUAUUUUUAUGUUUUUUCAAGGUUUGUCAAAUGCUAGCAUCCAGUAAGCUCAGGAAAAAGACUGUAUCCACGUGAUCAGUGCCAGUAUGUGAGCCACCCUAUGUCCUCCCCACAUGUCCUUUUGUUGCUUCCUCAAAGCAUUUGCUAUUACAUGAUGUAUCAACACAAGUUUGUUUUUCUUAAGGCCAGAUAUUUCCCUGUAUGCUCCAUGCAUGUAUGUCUUGAAGUCUUGUUGAGAUAAUAAAUGUGAAGUGCUAGCAAGAAAAAUAA